AUGAUGACCCUUUUAGACUCGCUUUACUGUGAAGAAAAGCAUCAAUGGGAGGAGGAUGAAGAAGAACCAGUGGACAGCUACAGUUCAUGUGUUGAUGAUGAAAAAAAUAUUCACCAUCAACACACCAACUCCACGGAACUCCUUCAAGAAGACCUAUUUUGGGAAGAACAAGAGUUAACGACUCUCAUCUCCAAAGAAUCCCAGCAAAACUUCCAGAACAACGUCUCAGACCCACCGUCGCACCACCGCCUCACGGCGGUGGAGUGGAUUUUGGGAGUGGUUUCGCAUUACUCAUUCACUGCACUCACCGCCGUGCUCGCCGUCAACUAUCUUGAUAGGUUUCUUGAUAGUUUUGAUGGGUUUGAGAGCGAGAAGAAGAAGCCAUGGAUGACUCAACUUGCUGCUGUUUCUUGUCUCUCUCUUGCUGCUAAAGUUGAAGAAACUCAUGUCCCACUUCUUUUAGAUCUUCAAAUGGAGGGAAGCAAAUACGUUUUCGAAGCUAAAACCAUUCAAAAAAUGGAGGUUCUGAUCCUAUCAACUCUUCAAUGGAAGAUGAACCCCAUCACACCACUCUCAUUUCUCGAGUACAUUACAAGAAGACUAGGAUUAAGAACUAAUCUCUCUUCUGAAUUUCUCAAAAGAUGCGAGUGUCUGCUGCUAUGCUUCCUUCCAGAUGGUAGGUUUAGGCGUUAUCUUCCAUCAGUGAUAGCAACAGCAACGAUGGUGCAUGUAAUCAACAGUGUAGAGCCGUGUAUUGGAAUUGAUUACCAGUCUCAACUAGUGGGCAUUCUUGGUAUCAAUAAGGAGAAGGUGAACGAGUGUUGGGAGGAAAUGCAGGAGAUGUUAAGUUGCAGUAAAAAUGGCGGUCGGCAUUUCAAUAAACGGAAGUUUGGAGCAGUACCCGGGAGCCCAAAUGCUGUGAUGGAUCUGUGUUUCAGCUCCGACGAGUCAUGGUCGUCGGAGGUUUCAUCGUCACCGGAGACAGGACACAAGAAAAGCCGGAAAGAUGCAGCUGCCUGAGGCAAUAUAGGUGGAUCUGUGUUGAAUGUUGAUGUUAAUUAAUUAGUUAAUUUGAUUCGAUUGGAUGUUAAAUUGCCAACCAUCUUUGCAAUUAGCCCCACCAAUUAUGGAAGUUGUCAGACUAUCGAAAGAAGGCUGUGUGGUGAGUUUCGAUGGUAAAGAUGGUUGGCAUUUUAUCCGGAAAACAAAAAAUCAAGAAAACUUGAAAUGAAUAUUAGAGCAAUGGGUUGGUACCUU